AAACUUUUUACUUUUAGUGGAAUAAAUGCUUGUUUGCCAUAUUUGCUCUGAGUUACUUUUGCUCUCCGCUAUUCCUAUCUAAUCUCACUUGACUUCGUCGUCUCAAUACUUCUUUCUUUCUUUGGUUACGUUUUGGCUGGUGGUCAAGUGUACCACAAUACAAUGUUGCACCUCGUUUUGUUAAUUUUAUGGCUUGCAGAUAAAUCAGGUUCUACAAAAUUCACUUUAUCCGUAAUCCCAGCUGACCAACCAGUACUUAUUGGUCAAAAAGUGAUUUUAAAAUGUCAACUACAAUUUCCAACAAACUAUGCAGUGUUAUUUAAGCGUAAAGAACAGAUGAUUUCAGAGAAAUGUUACGUGUAUGAGCCACAAAAGUAUCAUCUAGUAUGUGAACCGAAUGAUUGGACAAGAGCUGAAACUUAUGAAUUACAUAUUAAAUCUGUUUCUUGGGCAGAUCGUGGUGAUUGGUUGUGUAUUUAUGCAGCAAAUAUGACCAGACAAACUCUUGAAGUAUAUGCACCUGCUAAAUUGGAAAAGAUGGGUGUAUCAAGUCUAACUUCUUUACCGGUUACAAAUAAAGAAGGCGUAAUCAAAGAUUCCAAUUCACCUUCAGGAUUAUCAUCUUCAUCGUCGUUAGCUACAGCCGGAUUGGAUUCAGCUUUAUCUAUCAUUCGUACACCACCUAGUCAACAUAUUGGCCUAGGUACUCGUACUAAUCCGUAUGAUUUACGUCCUGGACUGGGAAUUCAAUUGACUUGUGAAACAACUUGUGGACAUCCUCGAGCCAAUAUAACUUGGCUAGUUAUGAAUGAGACAAUGACUAAAGCAAUUAUGCCUACAACUGCAAAUAAAUUCGAUGAGAAUGCUUGUAGUAAUUCAUUGAAUACAAUACAUAUGACAACGACUAAAUCAAAUUUACAAAUUCAUUGUUCACAAUUAGAUAUUAUUGGUUUAAAUCAAAUUCAAUGUUCAGUUAGUGGACCACAAUAUAAAAAUAUUUUAUUGACAAGAAAAGUUUAUAUAUUAUGUCCUGAUAAAAUUGAAUUAGAAAAUCUAAAACAUCAAAUGACUACAAAUGCAAUCACUAAAGAACACCGUGUACGACGACGUGGUGAAAGACCAAUGCGUUUAACAAGUGGUGAAGUUGUCGGUAUAGCAGUCGGUUCAGCAUUAGGUUUAAUUUUAGUAUUUAUUGGUUGUAUUAUUUUGCGUAAUAAUGGGAAAUCGUCUCCUUUAGCAUUUCAUGGUCAUAUACCCGGUCAACGUGUAUAGUAGUGAGUAGUGCAACAAGAAGAAUUAAAUUUUAUCUUUGUUUCUCUCUUCUUUUUUUCUUUUUCACAUUGCUUCAUUGAUUCUCAUUGUUUCUUUUUGCUCAGUGCUUUUAUUAUGAUUAUGUUUUUCUCUUUGUAUGCAACAGUUUUUUCUUUUCAUUUUUCCCUAUGUACUACUGAUAAUGAUAAUUAAUAGUAGUAUUAGAGUAAUAUGAACAGCAUUCUGUAUGUGCCACCUAGUUGACGAUUGCAUUGCAUUUACAAUAAUGCAUUCCCUGUUUUAAUUUCAUUCUGUUUUUAUUUUUAUCCAGCAUAUAUUAUUUGCAUAUAAAUGUCAGUAAAAAUAAAACUAUCAAAUUCUUUAUUCACCCUCUCACUCUUAUCAUCAUCAUCUCUAGCUGUGUGUGUACAUUAAUUUUAUUUUAACUUUUUUUUUAGGCAAUAUAAAUUAUUUCUGCAUAAUUUAAUAAUAUUGUAUUUUCUUUUUGUGUGUGUGUGUGUGUCAUUUAUGUUACAUAUCAUUUAUGUGUUCAAGUCAAAUUAAUUUUUAAUUACAUCUAUGGAUGGAUGGACGGAUAUUUCUAUAUAAUGAUUAUUUCUAUUAGUUCUAUUGCAUUUUCAUUGUUGUACCAACAUUUUAAAAUUCAAUGUGAAGUUUGUUUUUGUGCUUUUUUUUAAAUUUUAUUUAUUAUUUUGUAUGCCCUAAUAUCUCUUCACUUUGUUCACACAUGAAUUUUAUCAAAAGAAAGUUGGUACUUGACACUUGAUCAAAACUUAUAUACAUUUUGCAUAGGUCGGGGUGGUAUUCAGUGUCAAUGAAAGCGUUUGGGUGGUUGGGUGGGUAGGAUGUACCAUGUUACAGUUGAAUUGUCUGUUAGCUUUGUAACUUUUCCUCUCAACUAAUUUUCAAAUGUUUUUUUUUAAUCAUGUAAAUAAUUAAUAACUUUUAAUUAGUUUAUUCUUGUUAAUUAAUAACUUUAUGUUGUAUGUCUAUGUGUGUUUUUUCUAUUUGUGUAUGUAUGCGUUUGUUAAUUUUGACAACCAUUAUUCAUUCAUACUUCAUUAUGGUACGAUGAUACAAUGCUUUUUUAUUUGUAAUGUUAUUUUAUCUCGAAAUAAAACUUAAUUUAUGUAUCUUAUAUUCUUGGG